AUGUUACCGCACAGUAGACGGGGCAUCUCCGCGGGGCUCGGCUCCGGUUAUCUCGGUCUGGGCACGUUACUGCGAGUGCUGCUGGUGGCCGUUGUUCUCGUGCUCGCCCCGGUGGCAUUCCUUCUGCCCUCGGUGGGGUCGCCUGGAGGGGGGUGCAGUGGGGUCACCAAACGCCAUCGGAAGCUCCUGAAGACGAGUCCAGUGGUGCGACCACCUCAGCCGCGUCUCCCCUCCUCCUCCUCCUCCUCCUCCUCCUCCUCUUCCUCCUCCGGUGGUGUGUGGGAGCAGCUGUCCCGCGCGCAGGAGUCUCGCCGGCGCCUCCUUCAGGAUGUGUGUGCCAAGUACCGCUCCAAGAUCUCCAACCGCAGCAUCACGCCAGCAAGCGUCUCGAGGAUAUAUGUGGAGGAGAGGUCAAAACUACUCUACUGCGAGGUUCCUAAGGCCGGGUGUUCUAACUGGAAGCGGGUCCUGAUGGUGCUGGCUGGCUUGGCCUCGUCGCCACAGGAGAUACAGCACGAUGCUGUUCACUAUGGCAACCACCUCAAGAGGCUGGACAGCUACGACCGGCACGGAAUACAGCACCGCCUGCAGACAUACACCAAGGUCCUGUUUGUGCGUGAGCCUCUGGAGCGUCUGGUCUCAGCGUUCCGUGAUAAGUUCGAGAGCCCCAACUCCUACUACCACCCCGUCUUCGGGAAGCCCAUCAUCGCCCGUUACCGUGCCAACGCCUCCCACGAGGCGCUCCGCACCGGCAGCGGGGUCACCUUCCCCGAGUUCGUGCGGUAUCUUCUUGACGUGCGUCGGCCGGUGGGGAUGGAUAUCCACUGGGAACCGGCUCAUCAGCUGUGCCAACCGUGUCUACUGCACUAUGAUUAUAUAGGGAAGUUCGAAACCAUGGAACAGGAAGCUAACUACGUAUUACGCAGGACGGGCGCGCCGCGUAACCUCACGUUCCCGAGCUUCAAGGAUCGCAACCCGGGUGCGGAGCGGACGUCUACUCGCCUGAUGCAGCGCUACUUCGCACAGCUCAACGCCUCCGACAUGCAGCGCACAUACGACUUUUACUACAUGGACUAUCUCAUGUUCAACUACACCAAACCAUUCAAGGACCUGUACUAG